AUGAUAACUCUUCAGAAAACAUGUGGUGAUAGAAAAUUGAAAGUAAAAUCCCUUGAUUCCGACAGAACUGUGAACACGAUACGUUGUCUCUGUGAUAAUCCUGCUUUAGUGCUGUCAAAAACUCAAAAGAAUUGUUCGCCGAAAGGAUUCAAAAUUAAAUUCGUCGACCAAAUCACGCAUUUUUCGAGAGUUUUCUCGAUUUUUCCAUCGAUCUGUGGCGACAUGAACAUUUCGAACGCCAGUGAUGACACAAUUCAGAUGCCUCAAUGGUUCAUUGAUCCCACACCAAAUCGUCAGAGCCUGGACUUAAAAAUGCUGGAAAAGUUGAUGAUUCUCAAAGAAAAAGAUCGAUUCGACACAGGCGAGACUUGA